UCGAAUGAAAAACAGGCAAUUGCACAGGGAUGAGAACGUGCUAUUUGCUGGCUAUAAGUUGCCGCACCCUCUUCAGUACAAGAUACUUUUAAGGAUACACACUACAAGCCAGUCUUCGCCUAUGCAGGCAUACAAUCAGGCUAUCAAUGAUUUGGACAAGGAAUUGGAUCAUCUCAAGAAUGAAUUCGAGGUGGCAUUGGCGAGGCACACCGGAAAACAGCAAACGCAUGAGUAUUAAGCUGCAUGUCUGUUGCUACUUGUAGUAAAUUGUAUGUACCUGCGGUUUGUGAUAGAUCGAUGGAACUUUGUUUAUCGUAAACGUUGAUUAGGUGGAAGAUGUAUGCAUGUUUAUUCCUUUAUCAAAUCAGGAUAUAUCUGGUAAGCCAAAUGUAUGGAUCAAUUCAGAAGAUGAACAUGCAAGCCCCUCAAUUUUUAAAUUAAAGCACUAAAA